UUUCAUGACAUUCUUGACAGGUCAAAUCAAUUUUGGUAAUAAAAAAACGUGCGGCCAUACAAGACAAGUGGCGAGGGCAAACGCGGAGCGUGUGAAGUGUGGUCGAGUUGCGAAGCGUGCGUAUUUACGGCGCGGCGCAGCGGUCCCCACGUUGCCCCCAGUGUCUUAUCAUUAAUUAGACACACAUAAAUAGUUCAUCUCAUUAUUAUCGGCUCGCAUACCGUGAGUGUCGGGACGUUGUCUCGGAUAGUGUCGAUGAAAUCAACGGUAACCUUAGAAGAAGUAGUGAAUAGAUUAGAUCAAGCUCUCCCUCUAACAACAAGGAUGCCGAACAUCAAGGUCUUCAGCGGUAGCUCGCACCCGGAUUUGGCCCAAAAGAUCGUCGACCGGCUCGGCAUCGAUCUGGGCAAAGUGGUAACCAAGAAAUUCAGUAACAUGGAAACGUGCGUGGAAAUCGGCGAGUCGGUUCGUGGCGAGGAUGUUUACAUCGUGCAGAGCGGCAGCGGCGAGAUCAACGACAAUCUGAUGGAGCUUCUUAUUAUGAUCAACGCUUGUAAAAUAGCGUCCGCAUCGCGCGUCACCGCCGUCAUCCCGUGCUUCCCGUACGCGCGGCAAGACAAGAAGGACAAGAGCCGAGCGCCCAUCACUGCCAAACUCGUCGCCAAUAUCCUGUCCGUGUCUGGAGCGGAUCACAUUAUCACAAUGGACCUCCACGCGUCGCAAAUCCAAGGAUUCUUCGAUAUACCCGUAGAUAACCUCUUCGCUGAGCCCGCCGUGUUGAAAUGGAUCAAGGAAAAUAUACCAGACUGGAAAACGAGCAUUGUAGUGUCUCCCGAUGCGGGUGGCGCCAAGAGAGUGACAUCUAUCGCGGAUCGACUGAAUGUAGAAUUUGCUCUUAUACACAAAGAACGAAAAAAGGCCAAUGAAGUUGCAUCAAUGGUGUUAGUUGGUGAUGUUAAGGACCGAACAGCUAUCCUGGUUGAUGAUAUGGCAGACACCUGCGGCACUAUAUGCCAUGCUGCAGAGAAAUUAAUUGAAGCAGGGGCCACAAAGGUCUAUGCAAUACUAACACAUGGUAUUUUCUCUGGACCUGCGAUUUCGAGGAUCAAUAAUGCAUGUUUAGAAGCUGUUGUGGUGACGAACACUAUACCGCAGGAGCGGCACAUGCAGGAGUGUCCCAAGAUCCAGUGCAUUGAUGUAUCCAUGAUGCUGGCGGAGGCUGUGCGACGUACACACAACGGAGAGUCUGUCUCGUAUCUGUUCUCUAAUGUUCCAUAUUAGUUUAAUACUUUAUGUUUUUACGUUUAUAUUUAGGUAGGGUUAUUCAAAGUAUUUCAUGUGUCUGAAUAAGGAAUAUAUAGUGUGUUGCUAACCAUAACAGCAAACACAGAUUUGAGCAAUAUUUAAAAAAAAUAUAUUGUCAUGAACAAUAUAAAUUUAUGCAAUUUCAUAUAUUUUUUUGGAAUUGAUGCUACACUAGCUGUGCUAUAUGAAUUUACAUAUUUAAAAUAUAAUCUCAGUUGAAGAAGAGCUUUAAAGGACAAAAACAAACUUGCCUAUCAUUAUUGCAAUGUGCUGAUCAGGUAUGAGGUAUCAAUUGUACCCCAUUUAUUUAGUGUCCAUUCCAAUCUCAUGGAAUAUUAUAUUUUAACUUUGUUUGCAUUUAUUUGUAUUCACUCUAGAUGAAAUAUACAUGUUACAAACACAAUGAAAAGACAUAGUGCGAGUGAAGAAAACAUGAAAGAUCAUUUUUGAUUAUUUUAGUUAUUAGGUUGUUUAUAUUUUUCUCUUUGAUUUUAGUUUCAUAAUGGAGUUUGGCUGAAUGGCUAAUUUGUAUUGGCGAAUAAACUUCAAAUUGUUAUAUUUUGAUAUUAUUCUACGCUAAAAUUUUAUGAAUUGGCUGCAACAGUGCUUGACAAGCACAAGCCUUGAUUGUAAAUUGAGAAUUAAGCUAAUAAAUACUGUAUAUUAGGUGUACGCACUGAAAAUAAUAAAUAACAACUGAUUUAACUAA